AGCGCAAGUCUGGCUCGAGCGAGCCGAGAUGUGGAAGGAUGCAUCACGACCAUUUAGUUAGUUUCAAUGUGCUACCAGAUGUGCAGCACCUUCAGCCCAGCGAACCUGCUGAUGAGGUGGAACCCAGUCCUGCCACGGUCUAUUCCGUCAAGUCCGUCGCCCGGUCGGAUUCGCCAAGCGUGAAGUCCUUCCUGCCGAAGACGCUGCCGACGGCGCGAGGUCCCAGGGCCGCGUCCCGGGAGUUCCAGCGACUGAUCGACCAGGUGGUGCAGCAGCACCUCACUGAGCUCGCGCAGAGCAAGGGCGGCAAGCUGCCGCUGGGUUCAAACCACGAAAACAACGCCUCCAUGGAUUCGGAGACCAUCGUGGAGCACCGGAACUCCAACUUGUCGCGGGUGUCCAAGGUGUCGAGGCCUCGCCCGGGCCUGGCGUCUGACAGCUUGGGGAGCCGGCACGGCGUAUGUUCCACCACCUCCGCAGCGCUGAUGAGGCAUCGCGAGGGCAAGGGAAUCCCUGAAGUCUCUGCGGAGCGGGUCCUGGACGUUUUCUCGGAGAACGGAACUGCAUCCUUGGAGUCCAUCGAGGCGAAGGAGCCGCCCCCCGCGCACGGCAUCAACAUGUCCGAGUUCUUUUCCGAGACCGCCUCCGACUGGACCCGGCGCAUGCAGCGGCUCAGCCGCUACAAGCGCUGGCAGCUGUGGCUGCAGUCCAACGAGUUUGAGAUGAUGAUCAGUGCAGCGCUUUGUAUCAACGUGCUGUGGAUGGCCGUGGAGCUACAAAUCCAGGGCUGGAUCACCGGGCAUGACCUGGGAAUUACGUAUACCAUCAUCGAAGACACGGACAUGUGGUACACCGUCUUCCUCACGGGGGACAUGAUCUUUGCCUUCAUCUUCGGCGUGGAGGUCCUGUUGCGGGCCUUGAUCCUGGGCUGCGCCUUUUGGAAGAGUUGGAUGAACUACGUGGAUAUGAUCGUGAGCAUCAUCUCCAUAGUGGAGCUCUUGGUCUUCAUGGACGGCACUCGCUCCGUGAGCCCCUUGCUCUUCCGGCUGCUCCGCAUGGGCAAGCUCACCCGCGCCAUGCGGGUAGUGUCCAUGACAUCGGUGCUCGCGUCUCUGCAGCUGCUGCUGAAGUGCCUGGUGGCCUCCCGGGACAUGCUCUUCUGGAGCUUCUGCUUGCUGACCUUCGUGCGGCUCGGCGCGCAAGCGAUCCUCACCACGCUGUGCUGGGACUUUGUGCGGGACACCGCAGAAGAUGCCAAGAUCCGGGAGGAGGUGUUCCGCUACUACGGCACCUUCACAAGGACAUUCCUCUCCAUGUUUGAGAUAAUGUUUGCAAAUUGGAGCCCACCCUGUCGGGUCUUGGUGGAGAAUGUGAGCGAGUGGUUCUCCAUCUUCUUCCUGACCUACAGGUGUGUCCUGGGCUUCGCCGUGUUGAAUGUAGUUAACGCCGUCUUCGUGCAGCAAACCAUGAAGACCGCCAGCUCCGACGAGGACCUUGCCUUCAAGCAGCGGGAGAAAGACAUCGCCAUGUACCAUCGGAAGGUCAAGAAGUUGUUUGCCACCAUGGAUUCCUCAGGCGAUGGGGCGAUCAACUUCGAGGAGUUUUCGAAGUUGGUGAAGUCGCCCAAGCUAAGGUUCUGGAUGAGUCAGCUGGAGUUGGAGUACCAUGAUUUGUUGAGCCUUUUCGAAUUUCUCGACAACGGCGACGGCCAGAUCACGCUCUCGGAGUUCAUCGAUGGCGCCGCGCGGCUGCGGGGCAGCGCCAAGGCGAUCGAUGUCUGGCGCAUGGAGACCAAGGCGGUCGUGGUCGUCGAGGGCGAUGGGGGGGUUCUCGGUGGAUGGAACUGGCCCGGACCGGGAUUCUAG